AUGAAAACUCCAAUAAUAAUCCUCUAUCUCGCUCUCCUCUCACCGGCGAUUAUUCCGGCCACCGCGAAACCACCGCAAAACCAGCAAUCCCUAAUCGAGUCCACGUGCAAGCGGACUCCAAACUACCGCCUCUGCCUCACCACCAUCCGGGCCGACCCUACCAGUACCGGAUCCGACGUGGCCGGGCUGGGCCUCAUCCUGGUCAAGGCUGUUAAGUCCGAGACCAAAAAAGCGCUCUCCACCGUCGCUAGGCUCGUCAGGACCCACCCCCACCUGAAGGAGCCGCUCGGCAAGUGCGCGGACGUGUACAGCGCCACUGGAGGUGUAAGCCAUAAGCUCAGAGAUCAAGCUCAAGUCAGGACUCGUUAA